ACUGCUGCACAUGUUGUUACUUGCUGUAUAGUUAUUAAUCUGCUUGUUGAACGUUUCUACUUGUCAGGAAAGAACUGGGACCUCACAGCUGCUCUAAGUGAUUAUGAACAACUACGGCAGGUGCACACGGCAAAUUUGCCUCAAGUGUUUAAUGAAGGCAAAUACUAUAAGCAGCAGGACAGAGAAAUCACCCAGCAUAUCAACAAGAUCGACAGACCAAACCUCCAAAGACAGGAUGAUAUCGCUCAAGAAAAAAGACUUUCGAGAGGCAUAUCACAUGCCAGCUCAGCCAUUGUGUCUCUGGCUCGCCUGCAUGUGGCCAAUGAAUGCAGCAGUGAUCCCUUUCCCCUAGAGAUGCCCAUUUAUACAUUCCAACUACCAGACCUCAGUGUUUACAGCGAGGACUUCAGAGUCUUCAUAGAAAGAGAUUUAAUUGAACAGUCCACAAUGGUGGCUUUGGAACAGGCAGGGAGGCUGAACUGGUGGUCUACAACAUGCUCAAGUUGCAAACGUCUUCUGCCUUUAGCAACAACUGGAGAUGGAAACUGUCUACUUCAUGCUGCCUCUUUAGGGAUGUGGGGAUUUCAUGACCGAGACCUUGUUCUAAGGAAAGCUCUUUAUACCAUGAUGAGAAGUGGAGCAGAGAGGGAGGCACUGAAGAGGAGAUGGAGGUGGCAGCAGACGCAGCAAAACAAGGAGUCUGGACUGGUUUACACAGAGGAUGAAUGGGAGAGAGAGUGGAAUGAGCUUCUCAAACUGGCAUCUAGUGAGCCUCGGACACACUUCAGCAAGAAUGGAGGCUCUGGUGGUGGAGUGGAGAAUGCUGAGGAUCCAGUGUAUGAAAGUUUAGAAGAAUUCCAUGUCUUUGUCCUGGCUCAUAUACUAAGAAGACCAAUAGUUGUUGUGGCCGAUACGAUGCUGCGUGACUCUGGAGGAGAAGCCUUUGCACCUAUCCCAUUUGGUGGAAUUUAUUUACCCCUUGAAGUCCCUCCUAAUAGAUGUCACUGCUCACCACUGGUCCUGGCCUAUGAUCAAGCUCACUUUUCAGCACUGGUGUCCAUGGAGCAGAAAGAUCAACAACGUGAACAAGCGGUUAUUCCAUUAACAGACUCUGAACACCGGCUUCUCCCCUUGCACUUUGCUGUUGAUCCUGGAAAGGACUGGGAAUGGGGAAAGGAUGAUAAUGACAACAUUAAACUGGCCAGUUUGAUUCUGUCCCUGGAGGCUAAACUGAACCUUCUGCACAGCUACAUGAAUGUAACCUGGAUACGCAUACCCUCUGAGACACGGGCUCCUCUGGCCCAACCAGAAUCUCCCACAGCGUCUGCAGGAGAAGACGUGCAGUCAUUGGCUGACUCUGUUGAAUCGGAUCGUGAGUCGGUCUGUAGUAAUUCCAACGUUAACAAUGGAAAAAAUGGGAAAGAAAAGGAAAAACAAAGGAAAGAAAAGGAAAAAAAUAGAACUGAUUCUGUGGCAAACAAACUGGGAAGCCUCAGUAAAACAUUAGGUAUAAAGCUUAAAAAGAACAUGGGAGGUCUUGGCGGCCUAGUGCAUGGAAAGAUUAACAGAGCUAAUUCAAGCAAUGGAAAAAAUGGAGAUUCCACUGAAAAGACGAAGAAGUCAAAAUCUCGAAAAAAAAAAACGACCCCAUCACCCACAGAUAAAGCUAGCAUCUCUCCCAUUGAAAAACUCACAAACAAAUCACUAUUAGAUAAUAAGUCAGACCCUUGGAAGUACAGCACAGAUGUUAAACUCAGCCUUAAUAUAUUGAGAGCUGCCAUGCAAGGGGAGCGCAAGUUUAUUUUUGCAGGUCUCCUCCUAACCAGUCAUCGGCAUCAAUUUCAUGAGGAGAUGAUUGGUUUUUAUUUGACCAGUGCCCAGGAAAGGUUUAACGCUGAGCAGGAGCAGAAGAGGAAGGAAGCUGAAAAGAAAGCUGUCCUCAAUGGGUCAUCUUGUAGGAAACUAGACCAGGAGGGAUUUGUCAAAGAAAAGCUGGACACAUCUCCUCAGGACAGGGCUUCUCCAGUCUUGCCUCAAAACCAUACCACGCCACUAGUUCUAAAAUUAAAGGAUCGAUCUAGCCCUACACACCUGCAUCUUAUCCCUCACCCAGCAAUGGUGCUAAGAAAAGUGGUCCUGUACCAGUAUCUGCUCAUUAUAGCCAUACACCACCAGUCCAAAGGCAGAGUGUUAUCCAUCUACAUGAUGUCAGCUCCAAGUCAUCCAGCUUCCAAGAUGAUCCUUACAAGCCAUUGGUUGGCUCAUUAA